GUCCAAUUCUCUCUCUCUCCUUCUCUCCCUAUAUAUAAGGCGUCCGCAGAACCACCCUUCGAGUUGGUACCUGCUACUGUUCUCCGAGCGGCCAACUCGCGCGACUGUCAGGAUCACCUGUGGUGUGGAAGCUGUAGAUUUAAUCGCCCACCAUGUGGUUCAGCAAUCGAGCCUUACCUCUUACCGCGCUUCUCGUCUCUGCACCUUCGUUGUCCGCCGCUUUCUACUUGCCCGGUGUAGCACCGACCUCGUACGAUGAGGGUCAGUCAGUGCCGCUGUAUGUGAACCACCUCACUCCGGGUCUCGCGCAGCAGGACGAGCAGCUGCAUUCGGUAUUCUCCUACGACUACUAUCAUCCGGCCUUCAAAUUCUGCGCUCCCGAGGGAGGACCGAAGGAUGUGCGGGAAUCUUUGGGCUCCAUUCUUUUCGGAGACCGCAUCCAGACUUCGCCGCUCGAGCUGCAUAUGGGCAAGAAUGAAACCUGCAAGGCCGUCUGUGGCGCGGUCACGUUUGACGCCCGCAGCGCGAAAUUUGUCAACCGGAGGAUCGAGCAGGGAUACAACAUCAACUGGCUGGUUGACGGCCUUCCCGGAGCCCAAAUCAACAUCGAAACCGUGAACCAGGACAAAUUCUACAGCCCAGGAUUCGCGCUCGGCUCCAUCAAUGAUGACGGGGUCCCGGUCCUGAACAAUCACUUCGAAAUCUUGAUCGACUUCCACCGUGUCGGAUACGGCGCCCAGGGCAAGUACCGGGUCGUGGGUGUGCUUGUGCAACCCGAGUCUCGGCGCAAUGCUCAGGUCCUGGAAGAUGGCACUGCGCAGUGUGAAACGGACGGCACCGGCGUUGUGCUGAACGAGGAGGGCGAGACGACCGUGGCUUGGACCUACAGUGUCUACUGGCGCGAGUCGUCUACCCCGUGGGCAACCCGCUGGGAUAAGUAUCUACACGUCUACGAUCCCAAGAUCCACUGGUUCUCUCUAAUCAACUCGGCCGUCUUCGUCGUGUUCUUGGUGGGUAUGGUGAGCAUGAUUCUGAUUCGGGCGCUGAAGAAGGAUAUCGCUCGGUACAACAGACUCGACAUGAUCAACCUGGACGACUUCGACAGCACCUCGGCAGCAGUGGAAGACGGUAUCCAGGAGGAUUCGGGCUGGAAGUUGGUUCACGGCGAUGUAUUUCGAUGCCCGAAGGCACCCCUGUUGCUGAGUGUGCUCGUGGGCAAUGGAGCUCAGCUUUUCAUGAUGACCGGGGUCACCGUUGUGUUUGCCCUUUUCGGUCUCCUUUCCCCUGCCAACCGUGGUUUCCUCGCGACGGCCAUCCUGAUUAUAUACACUCUCUUCGGCUUCAUCGGAGGCUACGUCUCAGCCCGUGUUUACAAGUCUUUGGGCGGAGAUGCUUGGAAGCGCAAUAUUAUCAUGACCCCCGUGCUGGUUCCGGCCCUCAUCUUCGGCACCUUCUUCCUGCUCAACCUCUUCGUGUGGGCGAAGGGCUCUAGUGGAGCUGUGCCCUUCACGACCAUGCUUGCCCUGGUCCUAAUCUGGUUCGUCAUCAGUGUGCCACUCAGCGUGGCGGGUAGCUGGCUGGGAUUCAAACAACAGGCCAUCGAGGGUCCAACCAAGACCAACCAAAUCCCGCGCCAAGUGCCGCCCAUGACUGGGACGCUCCGCCCAAUUCCGUCGCUCUUGUUGACCGGCAUUUUGCCCUUUGGAGCGAUCUUUGUGGAGCUCUAUUUCAUCAUGACUUCGCUCUGGACCAACAAGAUCUAUUACAUGUUUGGAUUUCUGUUCCUCUGCUAUGGCCUGAUGGUAAUCACCUCGGCUGCCACGACCGUUCUGUUGGUGUAUUUCCUGCUCUGUGCGGAGAACUACCGGUGGCACUGGAGGGCGUUUGCCGGAGCGGGAAUGACUGGUGUGUACGUGUUUCUGAACGCUCUGCUGUUCUGGAUUACGCGAGUCAGUUUUGGUGGCCUCACGGGUGCUGUUCUGUACAUCGGCUACUCCGCCUUGAUCGGCUUCGUGGUUUUUAUUCUGACAGGCUCGAUUGGGUUUUUCGCCAGCUGGGCGUUUGUGCAGCGCAUUUACGGCUCGAUCAAGGUCGACUAGAAAUUUUGCAGUUACUCGCACACUAGUUGACCGCGUCGUCAACUCGGCCCGCUCCCUGUGGAGCCACCGAGGCGUCUUUUGCUGGGCCUGGCCAACGGAAAAACCACUUCUCCUCCAUUGCCUCAUCCG